AUGCUGGGCAAGUGGCUUAAGAUCCCAAACACUACUGGCAUACCCCCUAAUGACCUGAAAAUGUUGGAACAGCUUGAAGAUACCAUCGAAGAGCUCGACCAGACGGUCAGGAAAUGCAUGCAGGCGUCUGUGGUAACUUCCAGGAAGAACAAGGAGGAAUACACACUUCAGUUCUUUCAGAUUCUUCACAAUGUACUGCGCGUAGAGUCCAACUUCCCAGUGCGGUACACGCAGGUGGAUAGCAGUAACUUUCACAACUCACUGGAGGUGAAUGUUAACUGCAUGGAGAGCGUGGACAACCUCAUCCAAAACUGCGCGCCUAUCGCCAUGAACUUCUUCGAGUCGCUUACGCGCGUAGGGGACGAUGACGGCCCGGCGCAGAUCAACGAGAUCUUGGACCAGGAUGUUCAGACUAGGUACCAGGCCGCGCACGAGGCUUACUCGAAAAACCAGGAUCAGGCCUCCUUCAUGGCCCUGCAAAAGUGCAUCUCGCAGAUAUGCGAGAAGCUCCGCACGGUGACGAUCAACCCCACGCUCAACAACACCAAGCGCAUCAUGUGGCAGAUCAUGGUAACAGCCGCGUACUUCCUGAGCCUCUCCGACCAGAGCAUGCCGACGGCGGUGACGGCGGAGGGGCAGAGAUUGAUUCGGUGGACAGGCGGGGACACGCACCAGCUCCUCCGCUCCAGCCGCGGCGUCCGGAUCAACGAGAGGGGAAUCCUGUUCAUCCGAGCCGACGGGAUCCGGACGAAUGGGUGGGAGGCAAUCCCGUGCCGUCCGGGCCCGUCAUCCCUCUGCACCACUGACGGGGGGAGCCGCUUCUUCCCGAUCGGCUCUACCUUCAUCUCAGGGAAUGUGUCCGGCGUAUCAUCCGAUAUCUACCCGAUCGCGGAGGUAGGAUGCAGCUCAGCAGGGACGGGAAGGAUUAUCGUCGACCCAGCGGGGGUCUACGACGUGUCCGUCUGCGACGCCGUCGGGGAGAGGCUGGAUGUGCUCUGGGAUGGGGAGCGCGCCUUCCAUCGCAGAAUGGUCACCCCGACCUGGCUAUACGUCGUUAUCAGCCUCACCAGCAUCUACCUCGUCAGCUGCACCGCUCAGAACCUCUCCCACCUGUUAUUCCACGACCAACAGAAGACAGCCAUCCCCAUACACCCGGAGUCGUACCUCCGCUGGACCGCCCGCGCCGUGGAAAUCGGCGGGGUUGCUGCCACCGUCGGGCUCUCCGUGGGGUACACUCUCGCUGGCAGCGAGCUCAUCCUCAACGAGGAGAUUGCAUAUGCCGUCGUCAUGAUCGUCUACAUCGCCGUACACUUCGCUGUGCUUAGCUACAAGGUCCUUACUACAGACACAAAGCACCGCGUCGCCCACUUCCUCACCUUCAAUCUGAACACGGGGAUACUUCUCUUACUCACCCAGAGCGUGUACAAGACCCUCGCGAACCCAUAUGUCGGGAUCCUCCUCGUCAUGCUCACCCUAAGAAGCUUCUAUAAACUCCUGGAACUGCAGGUCGGGAGGUGGGCGGAGGGGAAGGAGGUACGGAGCGACGAGCUGGCGUGCGAGACCCUGCUGCUCCUCUUUGAUGCUACCGUCGUGGCCCUGACCCACUAUGUCGGAUUCCGGAGGUCCUUCCUCUUCCCGUUUGAGGGGGAUUCGAGCUUCGUGGUGGUCUGUUUUCAUGGGUUACAACUGCUUGUGUUGCUACCGGUUGUAUCUGUGGCCGUUGAUUUCAACUUUGUGGCCGACUCGUGCUACUUCAAUGCGGACUUUGUAGAAAGUAAAGGAUCGGAGGCCUACUGCGCUUGCAAAGCGGGGUUCUUCAACCCUCAGCCGGAGAGUUUUGAUGGAUGUUUCAGUUGUGGCAACAGUGCAUUCACAUACUUCUCUCCAGACUAUUGCAACAAUGCUCCUUAUGCGGGAUUGUGUAACAGUGAUGGCGAUUAUGUUCACCAAUGUACCAACAACCAGUACAGAACCGGGUGCGGCCAAUCGUAUUAUGUCGCGGCUGGCGCAAAUCGCGACAUCCAGGGCUACACCCCCGGCACUUGCAACAAUUGCGAGACGUGUCCCACAGAGUUUCCGUACCCGGUGCAGUACCGAUCGGGCUGCUCGGGAACUAGCGCGGGGACCUGCCAGCCCUGCACCACUUGUAACUCGUACGACAUCGAGAGGCAAUCAUCAAAUUAUGCCGCCGGCUGUGGUGCUCCAAACAAUCCGGGCACGUGCACGUGGUGCUCGGACGCGGCGGCGCAGCGGUGCGGGUCUGCGGAGUGGCUCAGCGGGUGUGGGGGUCUUGACCCAGGGCAGUGCAUCGGCUGCAGCUCCGCAACGGGCAAGUACUGCGUAGAGGGGCAGUACCGCGAUCCAGACUUCACAUGCGGGAGGACUUUGAAGGACAUCAACUGCCUCCCCUGCGAAUCGUGUCCCGACCCCAACGAGGUGAGGAUCAACUGCGGCAAGAUUGGGGCAAUCACCACCUACGCGAGCAGCCCGGGCACCUGCAUGCCAUGCCCAGAGACAUGCCUCUCCUUGGGGGUUUACAACCAGUAUGUCCUCAAUUGUGGAACUUCACAAAACUGUGUCCAAGGUAGUUCUUGCAGAAUAGCCGAUGAAGGAGGUUAUGUCUACUCCACCGCAUACUACAUCUUCGAUACUGUAUGUGCACCCAAGACCGCUUCAAUGCUCUCACAGCAAUAUCAAUCAGAUGGCGUGGACUCGAUUAUGACCUGGGUGGAGCACGAGUAUUGCAUGUCCCCCUUCCACCGCUACUGCACCGUGAACCGCAUCCUGAUGACCACGAUCGUCUCUGGUGGGCACGCAUUUGCACAAUGUGCCUGCCGUGCCGGGUUCCACGUGAAGUACCAGAGCAAGGCAGCAUUGACGGAUGAAGAGACGGAUUGCCUGACGGAACAGGGUGAUACAUUGACCGCAUAUUACAUGUGCGUCCGCUGUCCCGUUCACACGUACUCCACAGAUUACGACAUCGGAUGCAAGUUCUGCCCUCUGGGGCAAAAGCCCAACCAGCAGCAGACGGCGUGUGAGGACUGUCCGCGCGGGACAAAGCUUCAGCUCCUCCCGAAUCAAGGCACCAACAUUGUGUACGUCUGUGUCCCGUGUGAGCCAGGCACGUACCAGGACGGUACCCCACAGAUUGACUACUGUAAGCCCUGCCCCUUCGACCAGUAUUCCGGCUACGGGGAGACUUCCUGCCACUACUGCGACGGAGCGACGAACCACUCCAUCGACAACGUCCACUGUGUGCAGUCCUGCGGUGGCUUCUGCGAGUACUGGAACUCCAUCACCCCGUCUACCAAGUACAGCGGGGACAAGGUUUGCCCGGACCGGGAACCUAGCAGCACCUGUGUGGACUGCGGUUCACCCGUUUGCGCUGUCUUGAAGCAGAGCCCCACCCACACUGUCUUGGACGAGUGCAAAUAUUGCGUUGCCUUGGGCUUCGAUAGCACCACGAAGCAGGACGCGGGUCAGGGCUUGCUCUUUGUGAACCAGUCGGAUGUGCCGGGCUUCAGCUAUCUCUCGUGCGCAGCCCUCCCCUUCGAGGUGUGCAACUCUGCAUUCCGCACGGCGCUCUCCAAUGACCCGCAAUACGCCCUCUUUGGGAGGUACGACUGCCAGGGGUUCAGCCGUGGGGAGAUCAACCCGCCUCCAAGGUACGGGAGCUGCUUUGACUGCUACUCGCUCUCCUCCACCUGCCUUGCCGGGGAGUACGUGGAAUCGUGCCAGUGUAGCGACACAUCCGCAGGGACCCAGGCAGCAUGCACCCCCCAGCAGCACUGCCGGACAUGCUUCCCUGUCGUCUCUCCCAAUGCCGUCAUCUACAAAGCCACCGAGAGGCUGUCCUGCCAGGUCACCUGCCAGCAGGGUUACACCGGCAUAUCUCUCGAACAAGUCUGCACGGAGACCUGCGGGGAGGCGCCGACCUGCGGGGGAGUGACGUUCCCCAUCCCCUGCUCGCCACCGCGGAAGGCGUACUGCGAGGAGUGCAUCAACACGCACGCCAACAUCGAUGGGCUCAUCGUGGGCGCGGGGGCGUACUCCAUGGAGGCCAACUGGAUCGAUAGAGAUUCCAACUCCCGGAUCGGCAGCUUCGAGAACCUCAUGAUUCUCAAGCGGGCGGUUGCCUACGAAAACACCCUGUGCGUCAGAGGGAAUCGGGUCGUGGGGCAGAUCAACGGGAUUGGGAGUGCCUCUUACAACUCGCUUGCAGAUCCCCAGGUGUUCCUCUUUCCCACACGCUGCUACUGGGACGGCAACUUGACCUGGCAGGACAACCUCAAGCUCCUCCCCUUGGAGAAUCGCUUCGUUGACCCGGGCACCCCGCAAUGGGAGACGAACGCGGUGGCGUACGCCAUACCGCAGAACAACAGCCAACUGGGCGACACUGUCCUCUUCUUAAGGCUGUUUGCAAACACGAAGACUUUGAGAAUAGGACCAAUAGACUUGUCCUCCGCGGAUGGAAAGAUCAAUGGAUGGGUUGUGUCCUUCCACUACAAGACGACACAUAACGCAGCAGCACAGAUCACACUUGGAAACACAUUGACAAGCACUCUUCAAUCGCAGGCAAUAUGGGACAUCGCCAUCCUCACCGGCUUCAGUCACUACUCUUCCACCGCGGUGCUAUCGGUGGGUUUCACCCCCAUCGUCUGGACGGAUCUCUACCUCGACGAGUUCAGCGUGGUCCCCAACUUCCUAUACGGCGCCCCCACCUGCAACACAGCAGACGGCGUCGAACUGUGCUCCGGUGCACAGCUCAACUUCCCAAACGAGGCCAACCUCCAGGAAAUCUACGGCGAAGGCACACUCCCCGCCACCCUUCCCUUCGGGGUCCGGCAGUUCCACCUCGUCUUCACCCAUGCGGCUAUAGCCGGCAGCCUCUCCGUGUGGAUGGAGGUCAAUGACGAGAAGGUCCCGAUCUGCACCAAGGACCUCUCCAGCAGCGUGUCGCUCCGGCACAUCUGCACGCUCCCGGUGUACCUGAGCUGGCGGGGGGCUGCGCAGUACCCGCUCUUUACGGAAGGCCCGCCCGGCCUGCUGACGGGCAGCCUGCACCUCACUCUCCACCCGAUGGCGUGCUCCUACCGCUGCCUCUUCAGUGAUUACUUCUUCACAAACGACCGCUGCGUGCGCUGCAACACCACCUGCCUUCCCGGCUCGGCCUUCCAAGGCUGCAACCCGGACGGGACCCCGAUAUGCGUGACCUGCGCGGAGGCCCUCCCCGGCUUUGCCAGAUGGCUCCCCAACGUGUGCGAGUACGAAUGCUUCGAAGGGUACUACGCGGCCAACUCCAGCGCGUGCCUGGCAUGCCCCACGUCGUCCUGCCCCGUGGGCCAGCACCGAGCCCAGUGCCAGGCGGUCGUCGGAGCCACCUGCCAGGAGUGCACAACCAAAAGGUCUACGAUCGCAGCUUACGAAACGUUUGAAGAGUUCAUCACUCCCGGUAUACCCUUCGACUCGGAUAACUGCAUCACGCAGUGCGUGCAGGGCUCCUACCGCCGGGAGCCCAACUGCCUGCCGUGCCGGACCCUGCCCUUCGCGGGAUGGGAGCUGCGCAACUCCACCCCACAUCGUACACUAUCGUGCACGCAAGUCCAGAACGCGCUAGCCGUCGCCUGCGUGGGGCUGCAGCACGGGAGGUACACGGGGUAUGCCACCGGGAUGGAUGAGGAUUGCCCAGCCGUGUGCGACGCGGGGUACUACCCGGCAACUUCCGAGGUGGCCUUCACGUUGCCGUUCUGGGAGGCGGGGACAAGGGCAGACGAUAGGACAUUUUCAGAGAGGCGCUUAAACCUAACCGUCUGCAAUCCCUGCAUGGAAACGACUUUAUCAAACGGUGCCUACACUGCGGGCUGCUCCUACGUUUGCGAUGUAAAUUACGUCAAGAGCCCCACUGCCUCGAAGCCACAGAACUGCAUCUACUGCCCUGGGGAGGCCUGUCUGGCAGGUGAGUACCAGUCCGGAUGCCACCUGGAAGCCACCUGCCUCCCCUGCACCUCCCUGGCAGACCCCCACAGGGAGUUUACCGCGGUAGGCCUAUUCGAAGACCCGAACUCCUGCCCGAGCCAGUGCUCCUCCUCGUAUUGGUCAACUUCAGCGCUCAGCAAUUGCACAGCCUGCACCCCCGAAGCCUCUCUCUCAUGCAACCUCUCUUCCAACUACAUCCAGGCCUGCACCCCUACCUCAGACGCUUCUUGCAGGCCCUGCUCGCCAUCCUGUGACCCUGGAUACUUCACUGCCGCCCUUUGCUCCGACCAUGUGGACCGCGUCUGCGACCGGUGCCUGAAUCCACUCCCCCAGCACGCCAGGUUCCUGGCGGAGUGCAUCGUGGAAUGCAUACCAGACUAUGUCAGGCACAACGCAAGUUACUGCGGCUUCUGCGACCCAAGGAGAGUGUGCGGGGUGGGUACCUACUUUGAUGACUGCAAGGCCAGCAAUUCAUAUGUAGGAUGCUCCCCGUGCCGCAACGGCCUCGAGCAGAACCAUAGCGUCCUAUACCUUACCCCCGGUGAACCCUACCAGCCCUACUCCUGCUCCUGGAGGUGCGCGGUAGGGACGGUGCUCGGGAGGAACUCCACGGGUGGGCUGGCCUGCGUUACCCGCGUCAGCGACAUCAUUCCCACCCCGGCACCACUCCAGACGCCGCCCUCCUCGUGCCCCCCGGGGCAGUACCUCAGCCCACAGCUCCUCUGCGAGCCCUGCACCAACACCAUCCCCCCGCAGUACGCCAUCUGGACCUCCGGCUGCACGUGGAUAUGCACACCGGGAAGGAUCGCGGUGCAGGACCCCAUCCAGCAGCGCUUCACCUGCAUGGUCUACGCCGAUUACCUCGACAUCGUGCUAAACACCCGCCGCGUGCUGAUCCAGAACCCCUUCAACGACACCUACCGUCCCCAUGUGGUGGGCUACAGCCGGGAGGCGGCCGGGCUUGGGGCGGCAGGGUUUGCCUGCCUCGUCGGCUUCGUCGGCAUGGCCCUCGUGUGUUGUCGGUACAAGGGAUGCAUGAAGAUGAAGUACGAGGCGGUGGCCACCAAGCAGAACCUCCGGAGGCUCUGGACAGAGGUUGCCUUCGGGGAGCUGGUCGUCUUGACGCAGCUGGCGGCGGCGGCUUUCGUCAUGCAGUACAGCGUCUUCUUCUACCUCAUGUUCAGCAAAGGUGGGAUCCGGAACUUCGAUGCCCCGUACUGCCAGUCGCUCUUCUACAUCAGCGACAAGCUCGCGGUGGACAAGGGCACGGCGAGCCUCAUGGUCAUCAGCGGCAUUUUGUCCUGGGUAGUGCUCGGCAUCAUCAGCAGCCGCAAUCACCCCCUCCUGAACCGCGGGGUGGUCACGUGGCUGGCCCUCCUCGGCUACGCAAGCACCAUCGCCGUCGUGCUCUACGACAACAUCUCCGACCACGGGGACAUACACCUCCUUGGGGCUGGGGUCCUGGCAUUGACCUACAUCUGGGCGCAGCUCAACUACAGCCUGUCGGUCUUUGAGUAUGGCAGCAUAUCGAAAUUCACCGCCUACGCCACCGCGGCGUUGACCUGCCUCUGCAUUGUCUUCUUCGCCGCCUUUGGGAUCGUCUACAUCGCCUACAACAACAUGACAGACCCCUGCAUGAGCAACGUGAUUAUACUCGAAUAUAUCGUCUACCUCCUCAUCUCACUCAACAACAUCGUCAUCUACACCGAUUUCACCGCGGCGCACGCGUACGUGAAGCUGCACCCACGGCAGUAUGGACAAAUAGUGGAGUACGUCGUGAAGGACCAGGAUAUUCCCACGGGAAAGCCUGUGACGGGAGGGAAAGGCAUGGCAAGGCACGUCUGA